UUUCGGGUGCGAUCAGCAUCCCCGGCUCCUCCCCGCAGUCGCACGGCAACUUGCGAGUUGCAACUUGCAACUUGCAAGCACAGCGCUGACCGAGGAUCCCAGCCACGCAUCCAUAAGCAGAACGAUAGAGAACGGUAGUCCAAUUGGACGGCGUGGACUUUGUUUUUUCCACCACCCCCCCUCCCCUCCUGCCCCCGGUGAAUGUGUUGUAACAGAAGUUGCGAGAGUACAUAAACUGCGGGGGCUGGCUCCCCACUUAUUCACGAUCCCACGACCUCAGAGCUCCAGAAACGAAUCUUCCCCCGAGCCGAACUGAAACACACGACCGAAACACACUCCGCAACCCACUCCGCAACAAUGGCAGUAAUGGACCCCACCGGCGGUCUCCGCGACAUCAGCACGCUCGGGCGCUCCAGCGCCAGCCUAUUCCACGAGGACUUCAGCGAAGACGAAUCCUCGGGGCGCCCAGCCGCGGAGCCGCUCGUCUCUCAAUCGAAGCCGAAGAAGCCACGGCGGCGGCGCACAGGAAUGCCGACGAAACAGGGCGUGCGCAAAUUCAUCUCGAAGCUGGACUACCACAAGCUGAACUACCGCACGCGGCUGACGCUGCGGAUCACGAGCAUGAUCGCGUCCGGCACCACGCUGGGCAGCAUCGGCAGCGUGCUGUACACGUACACGUCGACGCAGGCGGCGACGCAUGAGCAGCAGGGCGACGCAGCUAAUGUUUGGCCGAGAGAUAUCUUCUUCGAUGCGACGUAUGUCAUGCUUGCGGCUGCGGUUGUCACGUUCGCUGCAGACCUCGCGUUCUUUAUCGCCUCCAUCAAGGUCAAUGUUAGGAAGCUGGGCACCGCGGCGCAUAAGUUCUCGGCGUUGACAAUCACGGGCGUCUGCUUGAGCAUGGUCAUCGCCGCGGUGGCGCUGGAUAGGAAGACGAACAGGGGCGAUACGCCGACGCUGUUCUGGGUGUGUGUGGCGAAACAACAGACUUGGAACGACGUCGAGAUCGACUUUCCGUUCCUGUGCGGUGAGAUGCUCGCGGCGAGAUGGGCACUGAUCGGCACACUGCUGCUGCAAGCGAUGAUCCUGGCAACGAUCGUGGUCGACGUCAUCUACCGCGACGGCCCGCGGAAGCCGAAGCCCGUGGUUGGCCGCGGAUACAAGGUCGUCAGUGGAUGGAGGGGCGUGCUAGAUCGUGUAGGACUUUAGUGUGAUCUAGGUUUGGUAUUUUGGUAUUUUUUAUUUUUUUUUGUGUUCAUUUGGGUGCGGCGGCUGGAGUUUGGGAGUUGGGUUUUCUUUUUUUGCGAUUUGCGAUUGGCGAGCGGUGGGCAGUGAGCGGCGGGCGGUGGGUGGGCCAUGACGACGACGUGUAGCGAUACCAGUACGGUCAAUAAGAGAAGAUAUCAU